AUUGUGGUAAAAAAAAAAAAAGAUAGAAAAAGCUCCUGAGGUGCUAAAUCGUGAAUUAUAUUAUACGCAAUCCGUUCCAACUGCUUGUUCUUUUAGAUUCAUUCAUUUUUUCCUCUUCGUCUCAAGGUUCUUUGAGGUGUUCCUGGAAACAAGACGGUGGUGUUGAGAGGCUAUAACGCUUUGCAUUCUGUUCAUCUACCAGCAUGAAUGAAUCCUUCGGGACGUUCCAGUUCUCCUGCAACAUGAGCCCGAACUCGCCGCCUGAUCUUUACAUCAGCGUCACCAAGCAGGAGCCCUACCACAUCGCCAUCCCUAUGACCAUAUUCUACAGCGUUCUCUUCGUCUUUGGGGUCCUCUUUAAUGGCGUCAGCAUCCUGACCCUCCUCACCGACGCCCGCAUGAAGGCCAGCGCCAUCCAGCUCUAUCUCCUCAGCCUGGUUCUGUCCGACAUCCUCCAGCUGCUGACUAUCCCCAUCACCGUGUACCGCUAUUAUUGGGAGAGCUACCCCUGGAGGCUAGGAGAACCUUUGUGCAAGGCCUAUUUCAUGGUGCGGCAGAUGUACUGCGCCACCACUAGCUGGGUCAUCCUGGCAUUCACCACCGAGCGCUACAUGGCCAUCUGCCACACCAUGUGGUCCCUGUCGAGUCUCAGAAGAUCCCGGCUGCCCUGCCUCUUGGGCUGGAUCUGGCUGAUAUCGUUGGGCUCUUCCGUGCCCUUCGCCUUGGUCUACAGACACGCCCGGGCCUGCAUCCUGGACUACGGCGCCACUUCACCCGACAAAGUCUUCGUGGUGUCCACCAUGUGCGAGAUGACCGAGCAGGAGCCUUCUCCGGUUUACAAGGGAGCCCUCCUGCUGAGGGGCAUCUUUUGCUUCUUGGUGCCGCUCAUGUGCAUCUUCACGCUAUACGUCCUCAUCAUCAUCCACUUCCGCUACAACAGCCGCCAGCGGACGGCUAUGGGCAUCACCAGGGCGGUCAACAGCGGAGGGAACGCGCAGUGCCUCCAGGACGGGAAGCUGCUCCUUCAGGAGAAACGGGCUUUGCGGCUUAUGGGUGCGGUGGUGGUGGCCUUCUUCAUGUGCAACUUCCCUGACAUCGCCUCCUCGCUCAUGCAGGUGUACGUGGAAACAUGGUCAGGGACGGUGCUCACGGUCUACACGGUUCUCAAGUCCUACCUGUCGCUGCCUCUCUGGUACGUCAACAGUGCCCUCGAUCCCAUCCUCUUCUGCAUCUCCUCCAACGUGUUCCGGAAGGCCUGCUGGAAGACCGUCGGCCCCCUCAGGCCUCGAUGGCCUCACGUCUGCAGACACAAGAGCCCUGCUUCGGUGACGAGCAUGGCCAGCCAGAACUCCACAGGAGCAGCCAGCACAUCUGCCUAAGGCUCUUUCAUUCGACAGAGACCCUGGAGGUGACGUUGGAGCAGGAAUGCUUUUGUGAA